AUAAACAUCUUUCUCUCUCUAAAAUCCAACUUCCCCUCUCUUUCUCUCUCUAGAUUUGGCCUCAGAUCUCCCCCACACGAGCCCCACAGCAGCUAUGGAUCCUCCACAUCCACACAUUCGCACGCAAUUGAUACUCUACAAACCUCAAUUCCGCAUAUAAACACUAUCAGAGGUUUAGAGCUGCAGAGAGGAGAUGCUUUCUGCCGCUUUUGCUGCUCUAUGACUGCGGGCGAGGAGGUUGAGGAAGGCGAAAGAGGAGAAGCGGCGCGUUUUAUGACCGAUCGCUUCCCCUUUCUCUUCAGCAAGCGCACGCGGUGGGACUGCUCCUUCGCCGUCCGCAGCCGCGGCCGAUGGGGCAAAUGCGGCUGAAUUUGUGCGAUUGAAUGCUGAUUGAGUUUUAUCCCUUCAAUUGGGGAUUUUAUUAGCUGCUGCUGCUGCUGAGAAUUCUAAUUUGGGGGAAAUUUGAGUGUUUUUUUUUUCUGGCAAUGCAGCCUGAUCAACGGAAGAAACCUGAUCAACAAAAGAAAAGUUCAGUGGAGCCGGAAUUCUUUUCUGAAUAUGGUGAUGCGAGCAGGUAUAAGAUCCAGGAGGUGAUAGGUAAAGGCAGCUAUGGUGUUGUUUGCUCAGCAAUGGAUACUCAUACGGGUCAAAAAGUGGCAAUAAAGAAAAUACGUGAUAUCUUUGCCAACGUUUCUGAUGCUGCUCGAAUACUUCGGGAGGUGAAGCUUCUGAGGCUUUUGAGGCACCCGGAUAUUGUUGAAAUAAAGCACAUUAUGCUUCCACCUUCAAGGAGAGACUUCAAAGAUAUAUAUGUUGUUUUCGAACUCAUGGAAUCGGAUCUACACCAAGUCAUUAAGGCUAACGAUGACUUGACACGUGAACAUCAUCAAUUUUUCCUUUAUCAAUUGCUCCGUGCUCUCAAAUAUAUCCACACAGCCAAUGUAUAUCAUCGAGACUUAAAACCGAAGAAUAUUCUGGCCAAUGCGAACUGUAAACUAAAAAUAUGUGAUUUUGGGUUGGCUAGAGUUGCAUUCAACGACACACCUACAACAAUAUUUUGGACGGACUAUGUUGCUACAAGAUGGUAUAGGGCUCCAGAAUUGUGUGGCUCAUUUUUCUCUAAGUACACUCCAGCAAUUGACAUGUGGAGCAUUGGCUGCAUUUUUGCCGAGGUUGUAAAGGGGAAGCCACUUUUCCCCGGAAAGAAUGUCGUUCACCAGCUGGAUAUGAUAACUGACCUUCUUGGAACACCUUCUAUGGAUACCAUUUCUCACGUGCGGAAUGAAAAGGCUAGAAAAUAUCUUACAAGCAUGCGAAAGAAACAGCCGAUUCCUUUUGCUCAGAAGUUUCCAAAUGCUGAUCCUUUGGCUCUUCGGCUCUUGGAGAGGCUGCUUGCUUUUGAUCCAAAGGAUCGUCCAACUGCUGAACAGGCACUGGCUGAUCCUUACUUCAAGGGAUUGGCUAAGGCUGAGAGAGAACCAUCCUGUCAACCAAUCUCGAAAAUGGAAUUUGAGUUUGAGAGGCAUAGGGUGACAAAGGAAGACGUAAGAGAGUUAAUAUAUCGGGAGAUACUGGAGUACCAUCCUCAGCUACGGAAGGAUUACAUCAACGGAAUCGAAAGAACUACUUUUCUCUAUCCUAGUGCAAUCGAUCACUUUAAAAACCAAUUCGCUCAUUUGGAAGGAAGUGUUGGUAAAAGUGGACAAGUGAUUCCACUUGAAAGAAAGCAUGCUUCCCUUCCUAGGUCGUCUACAAUUGUACAUUCUGCUAGUGUACCUCAAAAAGACCAGCCAGCUGUUGCAAAUGCAAGGGAUCGGCUUAACUCUGAAGAAUCACGCAGCAAAAACUCGAGAGAUUCUGAUGGGCUUCACAGCAGUUUGUCAAGACCCUUACAGCCACCGCAGAGGAUCGCACAAGCCAAACCAGGCAGAGUUGUCGGCCCAGUGUUGGCAUACGAGAAUCCAAAUUGGGGAAGGAUGAAAAGACCAAUGGGCGAGACCGGGCGAGACUAUCAUACUAAUGCGAAACAAGCUCCAAACUGCAGCGUACCUGCCAAAUUGGCCCCGGAUGUGACAAUAGACAUAGAUCACCAUCCAUAUUUUACGAGCCGGGCUGGGGGCACAAUGUUGGACUGUCCUGGUGACAGGGUCAUCGUAGACAUGAAUCUGCUGCAUGCCGAAGCUCAAUUUGGUGCGGCGAAAGUGGAAGUUCAGAGAAAAGUAGCCGUGAUGCAGUACGCGGCGGCACAGAUGUACUAGCCAGCCGGCAAGGCUCUAUGGUUCAAAAAAAGGUAGUGAAAAUUGUGAAGUGCAAAACAUGCAUCAAUCUUUCUUUAUCUAUUUUAUAAUUUGAUUAUUUUUUUCA